AUGGCCAGUGACAUCCAUUCCAGCAUUGAAGAUCUCCAGAAAUCUGUUCAACCCACCAAAACAAAAGACGAUAUCCGCGUUUUGAGUAAUCUGGAAAAUUCCAUUCGUUCAUCAGCGGGCGUUGUCUCAUCUGCGUCCACAAUCGUAGGCAAUGGCACAGCAGAGCACAAUUCUAGGCAGUAUGGUUCAGAGUUUGGAGACGUUUUCCCAUCACAGCCUGGCGAAAUGUUGUCAAGAUGGGCAACUUCAAGCACGGUAUUCGAAUUCGAGGACCCGCAGGGCUCGCAAUCCCAUACUUCUCAACGGCCUUCUAUUGGUGCACCUCUUUCCUCCGUUCAGGAAGGCUUUGAAGCUGAAGACGACCCAGUCGACUCGGAUACUGAACUAGAGGAAGUAACCAUGCUUGCUCUGUUGAAACGCGGCAAGCAGAGGCUCGAACAAAACGAUUUCCCAGCUGCCGAGCGCCAUUUUUUGAGUUGUCUCAACAGGCUACAAGCUAUUAGACCUUCCCUUCCUGCGAAGCGCUGGUUGAGUAUCAACUCAGAAGUCACCCCACUUCUAACCUUUGCAUUUUCUCGCCAAAGGAAAUUGGAAGCAGCUCAGUCUCUCCUCAUGGAAAGAGUUACAAAUCCACCCAAUCCAGAAGACAUUGAUGAGGUCCUGUACUAUACAUUUUCCCUGGCGGAGGUGCUCUUUGCGAACGAAGCGUAUUCGGAAGCCAUGUUAUAUGGUAGACGUGCCUUGAAAGGCUACUGGAAGCUAGGCAGCAAGGGCUCACGCGGAGUAGAGAAAGCUCUCGACCUUCUCAUACGUGUAUGUCGCCAAGACGGCAAUAAAGACGACGAGGACGCAUAUACAGCUACUUUGGCCGAAUUUGAAGAGCGAAACCCUUCCAGGCCAAAGGACGAGAGGCUCACACGUUUAAAUUCUGUCAAUGCGUCUCAACCUACCCCAGAGGCAAAGACUGUCUCCGAAAACCACAAUCCUUUUUCCGAUUCCCCUGCGAUAGCAAAGUCAACACCAGAGGAGACCGUGAAAAGCUUUGCUGACACUGCCAAUCGAUCUCCGCGUCGACAGCCGCGGAAAGUCGACAACAGGCUCAAGUCCCAACCUCCUCAAAAGACAAAGACCGCCUCUGAAAAUUACAAUGACGAUUGGGAUCCUUUUGCUGACUCCCUUGUGAGAGCAACCACACCUGAGGAGACCGUGAAAAGCUUUUCACAACGUCAGCGGCAGGAAGUCGGGGCUGUGUCUCAACCUCCUCCAGAAGCAAAGACUACCUCAGGAAUUGACGAUAGUCACAACUGGGAUGCUAUCUUUGCAGGACCUGACUCCCCUCCGACAGUAGAUUGGACACCUAGUGAGAGCAUAAAAAGCUUGGCUAUGACUAAUAGUCGGUCGGCGCGUGCCGCUCUGUCGGCGCGUCGAGAGCGGCAGGAACUUGGCAGCGGGCUUAGCUUUCAAGAUUUGACGAGGAGUAUGAAGCCCGACGGACCGCAACGCCAACAGAGUGCUCCGAACGUCCUCAUUAAUCGUCCAUUGUCGGCCACGUCCACACCUUCCCCUUACAAAAACCAAAGCAGGCCGCAAAAAUCCAAAGAUUACGAUUCACGAACUAGCGUCGACGAGUUCUUGAAUCCAAAACCACCUAUGUAUCCGGACAUCAUUCCCAGCGACGAUAUUGUUCCACCUGGAGGUUCAUCUCAGAGACCAAGUCUUACAUCAAAGUCCCUCAAUAAGUUCGGCUCUUCCUCAACUUCAUCUAAAAAAGCGGCGAGCCCGGGGACCAUCAGUUGGCUUGCCAGAAGCUGGACGAAUAAGACUAAAAGUUCGUCGACGAGUGUUGACGACGCGUCGACUACCGCUGUCGUGAACACAAUUCAAAGUUUCCCAAAACCUCGUUGCUUCCUGGUCAGGGAUCACUGUGAUCUCAUAUCAAAAACUCUGAAGGUUUUCCGAUACAGAAAAGACGGCGUUGAUGGUCAUCGAGUCAUCGAUUUCGAGGCUGUUAUAGAUUUCACUUUUGAAGAGUCGGCCCUCAGCUAA